AUGGAGAUGGUCACCAUACCUAAGCAAAGUAAAUCGUUCACGACUAUCCUUCCAAGUGAAUCGAUCACUAGUCGACUUUACAGCGAAGAUCUCGCACCGACACCAACAGCGAAACGCACAUGGACAACAUGGAAUUAUGCGGCACUAUGGAUUUCCAUGUGCCAUUGUUUACCCACAUAUGCAUUGUGUGGCAGUUUAAUCACAAGCGGAAUGAAUUGGUUGCAAGCACUGGUAACAGUUGGUCUUGGAAAUGUAAUCAUAUUGAUUCCUAUCUUGCUUAUUGCACAACCGGGUACGAAAUACGGAAUUCCAUUUCCUGUUCUGGCUCGAUCAGCGUUUGGAACUUGGGGAAGUAAUAUACCUGCUAUGCUUCGGGCGUUAGUUGCUUGUGGUUGGCUUGGAAUUAAUGUUUUUCUAGGCGGUGAAGCGUUGAAAAUAUUUAUUAUUGUUGUUUGGCCCAAUUAUGCCAAUCUUGGUAAUAAUUGGACACUACUUGGUUUAUCGAUUCCAAGUUGGAUCACCUUUCUGUUGUGUUUAUUUAUGCAUGUUAUCAUUAUUUACUAUGGUAUGGAAGCAGUCAAAAAAUUCGAAAAUUGGGCAGCGCCUAUUGUUCUCAUUAUGGCUGGUGUUCUUCUCGUUUGGUUAGUGGUCAAAGCUAAAGGUUUAGGUUCAAUGUUACAUCGUCCAUCGAAAUUCCAAACAUUUCACGAGUUCUGGAUCGUGUUUAUUCCUUCAUUAACAAGUACGGUUGGAUUUUGGUCGACUUUAGCAUUGAAUAUUCCUGAUUUCACGCGAUUUGGGCGUAGUCAACGUGCUCAAAUUAUUGGCCAAUCACUUGGAUUACCUUUGACUAUGUUAGUUUUCAGCGCUAUGGCAAUUAUCAUUACUAGCACCGCUCAAGAUGUAAUCAGCAAUGCCACAGGAAAUCUAUGGGAUCCUGUUUAUCUACUUUCAGUCAUCACAUCACCAUCACAGGGAUUCUUUUCUACACCAGUACGUUUCAUCAUCGCUAUAGUUUCAUUAAUCGGCAUCUUAAUAGCCACAGUAUCAGUUAAUAUCGCCGCGAAUGUUGUUUCACCAGCGAAUGAUUUCGCAAAUAUGUUACCACGAUACAUUUCCUUCAAAACGGGUGGUUUAAUCACUUGUGUAUUAGCUGUUGUGAUCAUGCCAUGGAAAUUAUUAUCCAGUUCGGAAGAAUAUGUCUUCACAUGGCUGAUUGGCUACUCAGCUCUCUUAGGUCCAUUAGCCGGAAUACUCAUCGGCGAUUAUUAUUUCUUACGAAAAUGUCAUUUAGAUAUCGCAGACUUGUACUGUGAUACAUAUCCUAUCUUCACUUAUCGAGCGAUUAAUUGGAUUGCUAUAUUUGCACUUGUGAUUGGUAUUGCACCUAAUAUACCGGGCUUUAUUCGAAGUUUAGAUCUCGAUCGGCAUCGAGAGAAGAACUUCUUCGAUGAAAUUUAUAUGUAUGCUUGGUUUAUUGGAGUAGUUCUUGCAGGUUUUAUCUACGUCCUCGCUAUGUUUUUGUAUAGACGUGGCAAUAUGUAUAAAAUUCGAUAUCGAUUUUAA